CCUUAUCUUGACCAACUCUCCUUGAUCCUGUCAAAUUUGGGCUCGUUACCAUGCUGAAGCGCCUUCAAUAGCGUCACUUGUUAAACGGCGGGGCAUGGGCGGUGGCACCCCUAUGUCGCUAUCGGAGAGGUGCCAAGGGUAGCGCUCUCCAUACCCUCGGGACUAGGUACAAACUUACAAUGUUAAUCAACAACUAUCCAUCCAAUAAGCCCAAACAUGGUGGUCGGUGGAGGACCGUUUACGUUGCCGUCGCCGUCAGGAUAUACCAGUUAAUAUCGUCGCAAUAAACAAUGCAGAAACCUAAAACCUCCAACUCACUGGUCAAAUAUAAUAAUAAUAAGCCAAAAACCCAAACAUCAUAUAAUUCUCCCACAUUCUCGAUUUGUUCGACGACAUAUUACCCAUCAUUUUCUUCACCACACCAACUGGUGCUCUAUCUAAAAAUAUCCGCAAAAAUUAGGCAAUGAUGGGAGGCAAGAGUAACAACAAUAUACAAGCAAAGCUAGUAAUCCUCGGAGACAUGGGAACAGGCAAAACAAGUAUGGUAUUAAGAUUUGUAAAAGGCCAAUUUUAUGAUUACCAGGAGUCCACAAUCGGAGCUGCAUUCUUCACACAGGUUGUAUCAAUAAACAAAACUACUGUAAAAUUCGAUAUAUGGGACACCGCUGGACAAGAACGGUACCAUAGCUUGGCCCCAAUGUACUAUCGCGGUGCAGCUGCAGCCGUUGUUGUGUAUGACAUAACUAAUAUGGCUUCGUUUGAGCGAUCCAAGAAAUGGAUAGAAGAGUUGCAGAAGCAGGGUAACCCGCAUUUGGUUACGGUUUUGGUGGCUAAUAAAGCAGAUUUAAGUACAAAAAGAGAGGUUGAGAUUGAGGAAGCGAAGCAGUAUGCGAAAGAAAACGGGUUGCAAUAUUUCGAAACAUCUGCUAAAACAGCCGAAAACGUACAAGAGCUCUUCUAUGAAUUAGCAAAGAGAGUAGCACAAGUUGCCCCUUCAACAACGAGCGGAAUGAAACUACAAACCCUUACUCAAGAAAACGAGAAACGUUUAUUUUGCUGCUCCGCGUGAAAUACUGUAUACCAAACGUUGGACACGCGUGUUUAAUCUCAAACGUGUCAAAUUUAAAAAAGAGUAAACUUCCGUUUUGCUCCCUGUGGUUUGGUCACUUUAACAGUUUUGCCCCAAACCUUUAAAAAUAGC